AUGGAAACAGAGCGUCUCCGUCCAGCUGCCGCCGCCGGCAGCUACCAAGACGAAGAGAACAACUCAGCCUUCUCCGCCUGCAACUGCUUCGGCUCCUUAUUCUCGAGAUGGGGGAGCAAAACCGCCAGCAACGAAAGCAACAGCUACCUUCUGAUGCAAAACAGGGGAGGAAUGAAAACAGGGGAAGGCGAAAACCAGCAGCAGAAAACAGAGCCGCCGUCGCCGUCGUCGUGGGUCAUGAGCCAGGUGAAGAAAUUGAAGGAGGUUUCGGAGAUGGUUGCGGGGCCUAAGUGGAAGAACUUCAUUAGAAAAAAACAGAGGAGGAAUCAGAAGUUCAAUUACAAUGCAGAGAGCUACGCCCUCAACUUCGAUUGCGGGUUGGAGGAGGAGGAGUACGAUUACGUUCCUGGCUUUUCACAGAGGUUCUCCGCCGCCGCCGCGGCGGUUCCGGUGGAUAACAGGAAUCGUGAAGCUUUUGGGUUGUGA